UAAUAUUAUUCUUUCAGAUUGCUGGUUCUUCAGAAUUUAUCUAUCUAAUUGAACCAUGGCUUGCAAGUGGUGUCACAGUCAACUGUUUCCUUCGGAUGAUCCCGAAAAACUGAACGAUGAAAACCCGAACUUUGGAAUGUAUUGUCCCAAAGAAGAGAAGGACGCGUGUGGUGUUGGGUUUGCUGUGGAUAUCAAUGGAGAGCCGCAUCGCCAUAUUGUGGACUCGGCCAGGACGAUUCUGGAAAGAAUGGAACAUCGAGGAGGAGUGGGAUGUGACAACGAAACAGGAGACGGAGCUGGAAUUCUGGUGUCUAUUCCGCAUCACUUCUACAAAUACUUGCUCAUGCAGGAGUACAAAGUGGUUCUACCAGAAGCAGGAAGGUAUGCCACCGGAAUCAUUUUCCUAGACAGACUCGAGAGGUCCAGGAAUCAAUGCAUGAACCACUUCAAAGAACUCAUAGCUGAAUGUGAUUUAAACAUACUUCACAUCAGACAAAUGCCGACAAACAACUCAUGUUUGGGGAAUACUGCACGAUCUGCUGAGCCGCAUAUUAUUCAGGUGUUCCUAACUGCCCAGGAUCCGACCGAUGAUUUCGAGAAGAAUGUGUACCUACUGAGGAAGCAGGCAACGCAUCAAGUUCCGGGUCCGCACAACUUGCGAUUCUACAUUUGCAGUUUGUCUACUUCAACAAUCACUUACAAGGGUUUGUUCACGUCUUUCCAACUGUUUCAGUAUUAUCCAGACCUGAUGAGUCCAAAUUUCAAGUCCAAACUGGCACUGGUUCACAGUCGCUUUUCAACUAAUACCUUCCCUUGCUGGGAACGAGCUCAUCCCCAACGUAUGCUUUGUCACAAUGGAGAAAUAAACACACUUCGGGGAAACGUGAACAGGAUGAGAUCACGUGAAGGAGUAAUGUUCAGUAAAAAGUACGGAAUGUCUCUUCAGAAACUGUUUCCAGUUGUCGAGGCUGAUGUCAGUGACUCGGGUGCAUUUGACAAUGUGAUGGAGUUUAUCCACAACACGAGUGACAGGACUCUGUAUGAGUCUAUUUUAAUGAUGGUACCCGAGGCCUGGGAGCAGGAUCCGAAUAUGGAUCAGAAGCGAAAAGACUACUACCGGUUCAAUUCCUAUGUAAUGGAACCCUGGGAUGGACCUGCCUUGCUUGCCUUCUCGGAUGGACGAUACAUAGGAGCUGUGUUGGAUAGAAAUGGCCUAAGACCUUCGCGUUUCGUUCAAACUACAGACGGCUUCUUGUAUAUGUCAAGUGAAACUGGCGUUGUAGAUAUAGCGCCAGAGAAGGUGGUACUGAAAGGGCGCCUGAAGCCUGGACGGUUGCUUCUUGUCGAUACAGUCAAAAAGAAGUUCUUUGAGGACAGCAGCCAGAAAGCUGAAAUCAAGGAUGAAGUGAGUAACAGAUUCCCGUAUGGAGAGUGGUGUCGACAUGAAAUUCACAUAAACGACAUUCCGCUUCCUGCUGCCGAAGUUAAUGGCCAUGCUAGUCACAUGAUGAACGGACAUGUUGGAUCUGAAGUCGCUAUGAAUGGAUAUGGUAGUGAUUCUGACGCUAAAGACAUCAUAGUCCAGCUUCUGGAAAGUGACAGACGAUUGAUAAGUUUCGGAUACACAAAUGAGAUCAUCAACUUGAUCUUGGCACCGAUGGUCGUUAAUAAGAAAGAAGCACUGGGAUCCAUGGGAAAUGACGCGCCUCUUGCAUGUCUGUCCAAGUUCAAUCCUCCUAUCUAUGAUUACUUCAAACAGCAAUUUGCACAGGUUACGAACCCUCCAAUUGACCCAUUCCGUGAAAAAAUCGUGAUGUCAGCCAGAUGUCCCAUUGGACCAAUGCAGAAUCUUUUAGAACCUUCCGAGGAAUGGAGCAAGAGAAUCGUUUUAGACCAACCAAUUCUGACUGUAAGAGAAGUUGAAGGAAUUAAAGCCCUGACUAAAAAUGAUUACAAAACGGCGACAAUAUCAAUUGUCGUUGAAGCUAAUGAGUAUAUGCUGAAAAGAGAGUUGGAUCGAAUUUGUGCGGAGGCUGCAAAAUUGGUACAAAGUGGUGCGACAUACUUAAUUUUAAGUGACGAAGGAAUUGGCAAGGAAAAAGUGCCUAUUAGUAGUCUUCUAGCACUAGGAGCGAUCCAUCAACAUCUGAUUCAGAAGAAGCUCAGGUCGAAAACUAGUCUGAUAGUGAAAACUGGAGAAGCGAGAGAAAUGCAUCAUUUCUGUGUCCUGAUUGGAUACGGAGCCGAUGCAGUUUGUCCUUACGUCAUCUUCGAAACUAUGAAUAGAAUCAAAGCUGCGAUCGAUCCGAACCUUACUUCGGAAGAUAUCGAGAGGAAUUUCAAAUACGCUUGCGUUGUCGGGAUCAACAAAGUCAUGGCAAAAAUGGGAAUCAGUACCCUUCAAAGCUAUAAAGGAGCCCAGAUUUUUGAGCCUUUGGGUCUUUCUGAAGAAGUGGUGAAAAAGUGCUUCACUGGGUCUCCAACGCGUCUUGGAGGCUGUGGGUUUAAAGAUUUAGCCAACGAGGCUCUCAGUCGCCACAGCAUUGCUUACAAUCAGUUUGGUCAAUUCGGAGUUGUAAACAACAUCGCAAACAACCCUGGAGUCUAUCACUGGCGUAAAGGUGGCGAGAAACAUCUUAACGAACCAGAGGCAGUAGCAGCGUUGCAAGAGGCUGCAAAAUUAAAUUCCAGAGCUGCCUACAAAAAGUACAGCGAAAUCACUCAGGAAAUGAAUCGUUAUUGCACAAUCAGAGGCCAGUUUUGUCUAGUUCAGCCUAUCCACGGACAGAUCUCAAUUGACGAAGUGGAGCCGGCUGUAAACAUAGUUAAACGAUUCGCAACUGGAGCUAUGAGCCUUGGUAGCAUCUCAGACGAGGCUCACAAAACAUUGGCAGUUGCAAUGAACCGAGUGGGUGGAAAGUCGAAUUCAGGCGAGGGAGGCGAGAUCGAAGUUCGCUUCAUGGAUAACGUGGACUCCUACAAAUCGACCCGAUCUGCAAUCAAGCAGGUGGCCUCGGCUCGGUUUGGCGUCACUUCGGCUUAUCUGAGUCACGCGGAUGACUUGCAAAUCAAAAUGGCACAAGGUGCAAAACCAGGCGAAGGCGGUGAGCUGCCGUACUAUAAAGUGACAGAGGAUAUUGCGGAAGCAAGACACGCAAUUCCAUAUGUGGGGUUGAUUAGUCCCCCACCGCAUCACGACAUCUAUUCGAUUGAAGACCUCGCUCAGUUGAUUUACGAUCUGAAAUGUGCGAAUCCGUAUGCAAGAGUGAGUGUCAAAUUGGUGUCGGAGUUGGGCGUUGGAAUCGUCGCAGCUGGAGUAGCGAAAGGCAAAGCAGACUUGAUUACGAUUUCUGGACAUGACGGAGGAACUGGGGCAAGCAGUUGGACGGGAAUCAAACAUGCUGGGCUACCGUGGGAAAUGGGACUCUCGGAAGCCCAUCAGGUGUUAGUCAGGAACGGACUCAGGUCAAGAGUGCGAGUACAGGCUGACGGACAAAUCAGAUCAGGGCUUGAUGUCGUAAUUGCUGGAAUCCUAGGAGCCGAUGAGUUUGGAUUCUCGACUGCACCUCUGAUUACUCUAGGAUGCAUCAUGAUGAGAAAAUGUCAUCUUAACACAUGUCCUGUAGGAAUUGCCACCCAAGAUCCGGAGCUGAGAAAAAAGUUUGCCGGAGAACCAGAGCAUUUGUUGAACUAUCUUUUCCUGUUGGCCGAGGAAAUACGACAAAUUAUGAGCACGCUGGGUGUGAAAAAGUUUGAUGACCUGAUUGGUCAAACGAAGUUUCUUGGAAUCAAGCAGCCGUUAACCGAUAAAGCCAGAACCCUGGACUAUCACAGUAUCUUGCAUCGAGCGUCUGAUGACCAAACUGAGAUGGUAGGUGGGUGUGUAAAGCAAGAGUUCAAUCUAGAAAAUCGUCUGGAUUACCAGAUCUACAAGCAAGUGCUUCCAGUCAUCGAAGGUCAUCAGAAUCGAAUGGAGGUUCAAUACGAAAUCAAAAAUGUUGACAGGGCCUUUGGAGCUUCAUUGAGUUACUUCAUUUCUAGAAAGUACGGGGAAGCUGGUUUACCGGAGCAUUUUGGAGUUGAUAUUAAACUGAAAGGAUCAGCUGGUCAAGCUUUUGGUUCCUUCUUGGCAAAAGGGGUGCACCUUGAGCUGGAAGGCGAUUCCAAUGACUACGUGGGUAAAGGACUCUCGGGUGGCGAGAUUGUAAUAUUCCCUCCAAAGGAAAGUAUAUUCAAAUCGGACGGAUCAAUCAUCGUGGGAAACGUUUGCUUAUAUGGGGCAACUGAUGGGAAAGCUUUCUUCAGAGGACAAGCCUGUGAGCGGUUUUGUGUCAGAAACUCAGGAGCAAUCGCUGUUUGCGAGGGCUGUGGAGAUCACGGGUGUGAAUACAUGACUGGCGGUAUAGCAAUCAUAUUAGGAAGACCUGGGCGUAAUUUCGCUGCUGGAAUGUCAGGAGGAUUUGCUUUCGUAUAUGACGAGGAUCGUGUCUUUUCUUCUUUGUGCAACACGGAGACAGUCGAUUUGGAGGCACUCAACUUAAACGAAGAUCUCGAUCUGGUUCAUGGUCUAUUGAAGGAGUUCAAAGAAAAGACUGGAUCGGUGGUGGCUUCUGAGAUCUUAGCGUCGUGGCCCGAAUCCUGCAAAGACUUCCACAAAGUUUUCCCAAAAGAGUACAAACGUGCGCUCCGAGAUAUCGAAAUAAAGAGACAACAGGAGGCUGUAAAAGUUCUUGAAGUGAAGUCGGGAAAUGGCGACGUUAAAACAUCUCCGAGCAAGGAGAAAUCCUCUUUAGAUAUUGAAGACAUCAUUCAAAAUCCUAAAUUAGCUAAGAAGCUAAACAAAACUAAAGGUUUCAUGUUGUACAAAAGAGUGGACAAGAAUUACCGAGACGUGAAAGAUAGAAUGAAAGACUUCGGAGAGAUUCAGGAUCACAAGUUUGUGAAAGAUACUAUCAAGUAUCAAGCAGCGAGAUGCAUGGACUGCGGAGUCCCAUUUUGUCAGUCCGAGAGCGGAUGUCCCCUGGGUAACAUCAUUCCGACUUGGAACAACCUGGUCUUCCAAGGCAACUGGAAAGAAGCUUAUCUGCAGUUAGCACAAACCAACAACUUCCCAGAAUUCACUGGGCGUGUCUGCCCUGCUCCCUGCGAAGGUGCAUGUGUGCUUGGAAUCAAUGCUCCUCCAGUUAACAUCAAAAACAUUGAGAAUACAAUAAUUGAGACUGCUUUUGAAAAAGGCUUCGUCAAACCUCAGCAGAUCCCAUUCCGAACUGGACACAGAGUUGCCAUCAUCGGCAGUGGCCCAGCAGGUCUGGCAGCUGCCGCCCAGUUGAACAGCGCUGGUCACUGGGUGUUCGUUUUCGAACGCAAUGACAAAGCGGGCGGACUUUUAAGAUACGGGAUCCCAAAUAUGAAACUGGACAAGAAAAUUCUCGACAGAAGAAUUGAUCUGAUGAAAGACGAAGGUAUUACGUUUAUAACCAACACAGAAAUCGGUAAAGAUGUCCCAGCGAAGAGUUUGAUGAAUGAUUACGAUGCUGUGCUUCUAACAGUAGGAGCAACUUGGCCACGAGGUCUUAACAUCCCAGGAAGCAAUGCUAAUGGGAUCCAUUUCGCAAUGAGUUUCCUGGAAACGUGGCAGAAACACCAAGGCAAAGGAAAGGACGAUAUUCUAAAGUUACUGGCUGCAAACAAAGACGUCAUCAUCAUCGGUGGCGGGGAUACUGGAAAUGAUUGUAUUGGUACCUCGCUAAGGCAAGGGGCCAAGUCUAUCACAAAUUUCGAAAUCUUACCGGAAUCACCCGAAUCCAGAGCAGACGAUAAUCCCUGGCCGCAAUGGCCGAGAAUAUUCCGAACUGAUUACGGUCAUGCUGAGGUCAAAGCUAAGUUCAAAAACGACCCGAGGCAAUAUUGCAUUUUGAGCAAAAACUUCACUGCUGAUGAAAAUAACAACCUGACUGGAGUUGAUACGGUGAAAGUGAAGUGGACGAAGGAUAACAGUGGAAGAUUUACCAUGAGCGAGAUUCCGGGAAGUGAAGCUCACUUCAAAGCAGACAUGGUGCUCCUCGCGAUGGGGUUCCUGGGUCCGGAGAAGACGAUAGCCUCUGAACUGAAACUCAAUUUGGACAACAGAGGCAAUGUCAAGUGCGGAGGCGACGGACCUAAGAAGUACACAACGUCUAUCAACCGAGUGUUCGCGGCCGGAGAUUGCAGACGAGGCCAGAGUCUGGUUGUGUGGGCUAUCAAUGAAGGUCGUCAAGCUGCAAGGGAGAUUGACAUUUUCCUAAUGGGAAAAACCACACUGCCGGUGACUGGAGGAAUCUCAAUGUGAUUGACAAAACUGUUCAAAAGACAUUUAGCAAGCUUUAAAAUAUAUAAAAAUAAAUCAACGGUAACUGAAAUAUUUGAUAAUGCCUCUUUGUUUGGCUGCUUUCACUUCCAACCAAGUCUCUGCAACAUUUUGAAUCCUUUGCAAUGCUCAUAUGCUGUUAAUUUGAGUUGUUCGUACGGUAACUUUGUAUCUGAAGCUAGAUUACGGUAAUUUGUAUCUGAAGCUAGAUUAGCUGUAUAUAUCUUCUGUCUUUGUAGCACUGUUGAACAUCUUAGAUCUCACUCGCAGUUUUCAAUCGCAAUCUGAAUUCGUGUUUUGAUUUGUAAUCAUCAUCAAUCACGCGAAAAUCAACUUUUCCAUCAUGAAGUGACCUCAGAUGCCGCCACUUUAGAUAGAUACUUCCAAGCUAGUUUAAUGUCCAUAGUGCCGAUAUUCUUUGUAGAGUACACUCUUUCUUGACGUUGACGUUUAUUCCCCGAUAUAGCUUUUCUUUUAAAAUUAAAUAAGUGCUAAAUAUGAUGCAGAUUUCAAAUAUGAAUUGCCAAUAACCAAAUAGCUAUUACUAUUCAAGUUAAAUAUUUAACUUAUAUUGUGUCCUAUAUUGCUGUAAAUGGAUAAGUUGAAAAAAAUUAAGUCGAGCAAAAUGUGAUUUUCAAAAAUUUUUCGAAAAUUUUGCCGAACUUUUUUUAGGUCGACCAAAUUGAUUUUCAGAAGAAAAGCUCCCAGAACACUAUAAAGACCCAAUUUUGACCAAGGUAAUUUUUUGUUCUUUUUAAAGUCCAAUUGUUUUUCCGAUUACUAAAUGGAUGUUAACGCGAUAAUGUGCGAUGCUCUUAUUUUAAAAUGACUCAAUCUGUGAAAAGAAAAGCACUCAAUGGCCCUGUUUUUUUUUUCAUUUUGGCUUUUCUUAUCCAUGGAGUAUGAUUGAUUCAGGAUUUUCUGUAGUAACCACAAGGUUUCUUGUUCAUUAACGCUUUAAACUAUCGUUUGGUUGCGUUGACUUGAUCCAAACAAAAUUCAAACGCAUGGCUUUGACAGUCGAACAGUAUUCUUUUAAAUAGAUGUUCCAAAGUUUAUGAUGCUAUCUAUUAAUUAACAUUAUAAAUUUAAUUUGCCGAAAUAUUUCAUUGAUAAUCAAUUGUAGCUCUGAUAUAAUAAAAGGUUCUUUGUAUGCCA